CCCAGGGAGAGGGAAGACCCAAGGACUUACCACUGAUGAUCCAUCUUCUACAGGUAACAGAUUGAGGUUCCUUGAUCCGUAACUCAUUGCCAGAAUCAGCCAUGUUUCUAGUGUGUACCUUGGGAUUCCUCUUUGGGAUGUUGGUCCCAUUCUGUGGAGCCUACUCACCAAGGAUUGUGGUCAGGAUUAACGAGGCAGCCCUGGACUAUGUGGCACAGAUGGGGCGCACGUCUUUCCAGAAUGCCCUGAAGAUUCGACUCCCUGAUCUCCUUGACCUAAAAGAAGGUUACUUCCAACGAACCCCGGUCUUCAUACUUGACAGCGAUAUUCCCCACUUUAAUCUGAAAUUUAUCCCUAAUUAUGGGAUUCGCCUGUCUGCUGCUGGCCACGUCAAUAUGACAGUUAUUUUAACAAAGAAUCUCCACAAACUGAGAGUGGCUAUUAAUAUCACGGCAGAUAUAGUCGUCACUCAAGCCACCACAGGAUCACCACUUGUGGGCGUUUCUCUCUGCAAAUCCAUCCCUGAGGAUAUCACUGUUAUCUACAGAGAAGACGGGUUAAAAGAAUUAUGGAAUCCUAUCCUGGGAUAUAUUAGAAUUAUCUUACCUGAUAAGCUGUGUUCAAAGCUCCUUUUCCUGGUUGAAGGACUGAAUGUUUAUCUGGGUACAAUGAUUGGUCUUCACCCUCUUGGUCCUGAAUCCCAAAUCAGCUACUCUUUGACCGACCUACCUACCAUCACCAAAGAACACAUGUCCUUGAAUAUCAAUAUCACAUUCUAUCUGCUGGGCAAGCCAAUCAUUCUCCCUCCAGAUGUGUCCUCCUUCUCUCUGCCUCAACGAGUGGGCUCUAGGAAUGCCAUGGUCAACUUUGUAUUCCCAAAGGAGACGCUUGACUCAAUCUACUUCCUCAUGCAGAAGUCUGGGUCCAUUAAUCUAGACAUCACGGGCCAGUUGAACUCUAAAAACAAUCCGCUGGCCACAUCAGUGCUGGGGAGCCUGAUUCCUGAGGUCCAACACCAAUUCCCUAAGUCCAUGCCCAUAACGAUGAAGGCUCGGAUCAGUACUUCACCCUCCCCUACGAUCCACAGAAACAGAACAUCAUUAAUGCUCAAUUACCUUAUGGAGGUCUUGGCUAUCUCCUCUAACUCAGCCUUCAAGUCCCUCUUCUCUCUGGAUAUGGUUGUGGAACUGAAGCUCAACGUCACUAUAUCUGGAAAGAAGCUGCAGGCUAGUGUAUCAUUCCUGAAGGAUAUCGAGCUCAAAGUGAAUUCCUCCAAUGUGGGUACUUUUGAUCUGUCACGGGUGAAGGCUUUAAUGAUAUCCAUGGUCAAGAAGUCCCUGAGUGAUCACCUGAAUGCACUCUUUGGCUUGGGAGUCACUCUUCCCACCAUUGCUAAAGUGAGCUACAUCACCCCUGAGGUCUUUAUGUAUGAGGAUUCUAUUGUGGUGUCCUGUGGACUUCAUAUCCAGAAUUGAGCAAGGAGAAGAACAUGGAGCUAUGAGAGGCUGCUGGUCAGGGCAAGCUGUGCUGAACUGGACCUCUCUUGUUUGGCCAUUCUAUACUUUGGAUGAAUAUCAAAUCCAAAAUUUCUUCAAUGCUCUGAAUCCUAUUUUUGUUAGCUAUGUGAUCAUAAGGUUAAUACUGCUGUACCUGCCUGGAAUUUUUUCUUCCUUCCCUCAUUUUUUCAAAAUCUCCUCUGGAGGAGGAACAUACAGCUAGAUGGACUCUAAGGAUACUCCUACUUCUUUCCCAUCCCAUAAUAAAUAAUUCCUCUAAUGUAACAAUUUCCAGGCUAAGUCUGUUGAGGUCUUUAUGUUUUGGGAUCAAUUGCUGUGGAUACUUCUCUUUCUGGGAUCACAUUGCCCAAUGCAUUUUUGAUUCUUUGGUUGAAUCACAAAGUAGCAGCAAUGUCUUUUAAGCAACCUUGAUAUAUGUAGAACCAUCCUAGACACAAUGAUAAUAUGAGAGAAACAGAAAACCAAAGACCCAUUCCUUAAGAGCUGUCCAGCAGGGCUAGCCCUUUGGUAAAAAUGGGGAAAUAGGUGAUCAUUGUCAUGAAGAUUCUUCCGUCUGGGAGGAAAUUGUGUUAGGAACUUAAAGAAAGAACUUAAUCUGGAGAAGGGGGAAUCUGGGGAAGAGUGAGUGGCAUGAUUAACGCCUUCAAGUAUUAGAAGGAUUGUCAAUGGGGAGAAAUGUAAGCCAAAAAAGCUAAUGUUCUCUAGCACUGAGAAUGUCUACAAUGCUAGAAGUGUGUUUGGGUGUCCUCUGUACUGGUCAGACAAAGUCUGACCUCAAGUCUGGAUGCCACAUUUUAGGAAGGACAUUGAUAAACUAGAGAGCUUCCAGAGGAGGGCAACCAGGGUGAGAAAUGACCUCGAAUGACAAGUUGAAGGAACUGGAAUGAUUUAGCCUGUAAAAGGGAAGUUUCAGGGGUUUAUAAGAUCUGUCAAGGAUUUGAAGAGCUGUCAUAUGAAAGUCUUGCUCUGCAUGUCCCCAGGAGGCAGACCUAGGAGCGAUGGAUAGAACUGGCAGAAAGGGAGAUUUUUGACUCAGUGUAAAGAGAAACUUCCUCAUGAUCAGGUCUAUCCAAGAGGUAGCAGUGGAUAGAGCUCCAGCCUUGGAGUCAGGAGGACCCAAGUUCAAAU